AUGAGGAGAUUCAGAUUCAUACAGAAGCUCAGUAGAGGGGUACAUGGGACAGUGUAUCUUCUGGAAACAACAGACUCCAAAAGAGAAAAGGUAGUCUGUAAGUCGGUUCUAUGGAGGUACAGGAAACAUGCCGAGAACGAAGCCAGGAUACUUUCCUCAAUAUCUUACAAAAGAAUAGUAAAGCUUAUUGACUUCUUUCCAUCCGAUUUCGGCCUAUUUAUUGUUCUUGAGUAUAUGGAUUGUGGAAGUUUGGACGAAAUGAUGAUUUACUUUAUGGAAAGCAACUUCAGAGCCACGGAUCGCUUGGCAUGGUCUGUAUUGACACAAAUUGCAGGCGGCCUGAGAUAUUUACACUCCAAGAAAAUCAUUCACAGAGAUCUGAAACCAUCAAACAUUCUUGCAAACAGAGCUCGAGCGGAAGGAGGCUUGAUGCUCGAGUUCAAACUUUGUGAUUUUUCUGUGUCGAAGAAGCUCGGCAAGGAUGGGCAGAUAUCUGGAAUUGCUGGGACGCCCUCGUACAUGGCACCCGAAAUGGUAUCUGGAAGGCAUUACACUACCUCUGUGGACAUUUGGAGUCUAGGUGUUUCAAUAUACGAAUUACUAGCCCUAAAGAAGCCUUUUGAGGGGAAGAAUAGAAACGAACUCUUUGAAAUGAUUAAACAAGCAAAACUUCCACAAGAAAUGUGUAAAGACAUGGACUUGGAGAGACUUAUUCGAAGGUGCCUUUCCAAAAAGAACAGAAUAUCUGCCAGAGACAUUUGUAACUACAGAAAGUCAGACCUUACCUGUAGAUGCAGAGAUAAGUCAAGAGAUGUUUUUCGGAAUGGAAUUUCGUAA